AUGAAUGCCCCUCCAGCGCUCGGGUACCCGCCCGGCGUGUCGCUGGCGUCUCCAGACCAGGUGUCGCCGACGGCAGGCAACUUUGGCUCCAACAAUCCCUUUCGCAACCGUACCUUGUCUCCCACGGUCGGCUCGACCACCGCCAGCACUCGCCCAGAACGGCCGCGUUCCACGAAUCCAUUCCUGGACGACGCAGAAGCGCUGUCCCCGCAGUCUGCUCCUGGUUUGUCAACCGGCGCCACCAUGUUCUCCCCGACCGAGAAACAGGACAUGACCAGUAACACGCGCGAUCUCUUUGAAAAUCUCUCGCUCAAACCCGCGCCAGCUGCCCCCUCCCACUCGAAUGGUACCCGCCCGAACCCUGAGGAUACUUCCCGAGGUCCUCCCAGCCGCCCCCGACCCCCAAGAGAGCGACCGGACAAACGACCUGCGGACUCUCGAUCGAAGGAUCCGUUUGACAUUUUUGCCGACCCCCCGACCCGGCCCAAAGCUGGUGCUAGUGGCCUCCGGGAUAAAACGUCCCGUCGGCCCCGCCGUAAUUCGGAGUCUUCUGUGAUGGAGCGGUCUUCCAAACUGUUGGAGGAUGAUGACGAGCGACGCCGACGGGAACGGCGGCAUCGCGACCGCGAGGGCCGUCACCGUGACGGCAAAUCUCGCUCUUCUCGCAAAGACCGCCGAUUGGAUAUCAUUGACAAGCUCGAUGUGACUAGCAUCUAUGGAACUGGAAUGUUCCACCACGACGGUCCCUUUGAUGCCUGCAACCCCCACCGGAACCGAAAGGGUGCGCGCACUGCGCCAAUGCAGGCCUUCCCCAAGGGUUCCUCCAACAUGGCAUUGGGCGGCGCAGGCCCGAACAACUCGAACAUUGACCUGAACCUCUUCCAUGGUAGAAUGGAAGAAGCCCACAACGAUUUCUCACACACGGCGGUCCAACGCAGCGGGACUGAAACCGUCAGCUUCGAUCCUGGUGCGCGUAUCGACCCUAUCCAUGGCGUCGAGAGCAUGGGCCUUGGAACAAGCACCUUCUUGGAUGGUGCGCCUGCCAGUCGCUCCGCCAUUGCACGCCGCCAGAGCGAGAACGAUGAUUCAGGUGCGGGCGGCCUACAGCGCAAGAAGAGUUUGGCCCAGCGAUUGCGCGGAAAGAGCGGCACUGGCCGCCCUACACUGGCAUCUCCCGUCCAACCCACCUUCGCAUCUCCAUCCCGUGCACCCAUGGGCUCCAGCCACUCCGCCUCAUCUCGGAACAACGAAAGAAAUCCGUUCUUCCAGGACUACGAUGAGGAGUAUGACAGAAAGGCCGCGCGCAUCCAAGAGACGCGGCUGGAAGGUUCGGGCGGCCGGACUCGAUCGUCCAGCAGCCCGAAACAGUCGAUGAGCCUGGAGCGCAAGUCCCCCAAUGACCGAGGUUACGAUGAGACGAAGCUCAACGCAGGCGGUGGUGGCUUUCUGAACCGGAUGAAGAGCUUGCGCAAGCCGCGGCCCGAGCGUCGGACCAGCGACUAA